AUGGGCCAGAAUCAAAAGACGCCUCAGCAACACAAUUCCACCCUCUACAUCUCACCCAUGCUAAAUCGAAGAAAGGAGAUCUUUAAAACUCCACCAAAUCCAGCAUCAAAACAACCAAAGUUAUUCGAGUCACCAAGUUCGUCCAACAAAUCACUGUUUUUCAAUUUGGAUAAAUCAUCGCAUAAUCUAACCGUGCAAAGUAAAAGCGAUGAUUCAUUUGGAGGUACCGAUAUGUUAACACCGAUUGACAGAUUGCGUCUUUGGAGGCAUGAUGCAAUCACCCAGCAUCAAUACAAAACAGCAGAGUUUCUCAGCGAUAAGAUAUUGGACAUAACCAAUGAUUCAAAUGAUGCAUUUUGGCUAGCUCAGGUGUAUUUUAACCAGGGCAACUACCUACGAUGUAAAGACUUGGUAUUGUGCAAUGAAGAAUUCGCCAAGAGUAUCAUUUGUCGAUAUUUGGCUGGGUAUAGUUUGAUAAAAUUAGAUUUGUGGGAUGAAGCAUUAGACGUAAUUGGAGAAACAAAUCCGUUUGACAAAGAUGAUCGAUUGAAAAAUGAUGAUGGAGGGGUAAAGCUAGAAGCAUCCAUGUGCUAUUUGCGUGGUUUGAUAUACAGUGCACAAAGUAAUUUUGAAAAAGCCAAGGAGUGCUAUAAGGAAGCAUUGCGAGUCGAUGUUAAAUGUUAUGAGGCAUUUGAUGAAUUAAUUUCUAAUAAUCUCAUGACACCAAACGAGGAGUGGGAGUUUGUCACUAAUGAAUUGAAUUACCAGGAAGUAGACAGUAACGAUGAUUUAAUAAGACUACUUUACACUACCAAGUUGAGCAAGUACUUGAAUCAGGACAAAUUCAAUGAAGCGGAACAUAUACUCAGAGAAGAGUAUGAUUUGAAUGAUAAUUGCGAUUUAAUGUUGAGUCAAGCCGAUCAAUUAUACGUUCAAGGUAGUUUCGAUGCAUGUUUGAACCUUUGUGAAAAGAUACUUGAGAAGGACCAGUACAAUUUUGAUGUAUUACCUAAUUACCUCAGUUGCUUAUAUGAAUUGGGUGGCAGAAAUAAGCUAUUCUACAAAAGCCAUCAACUAGCUGAGUUUCAUCCGUCUAACCCAAUGACUUGGUUAGCCAUUGGAACCUACUAUCUCUCGAUAAAUAAAAUCAGUGAAGCUAGAAAAUAUUUCAGCAAAGCAACUAUCCUCAACCCUAAUUUUGGCCAAGCUUGGAUUGGGUUUGCUCACACGUUUGCCGCAGAAGGAGAACACGAGCUGGCAAUUAAUGCCUAUGCAUAUGCUGCGCGAUUAUUCCCCGGAAGCCAUUUGCCGAUGUUAUUUCUAGGUAGCACUAAUGUCAAACUAGGCAACUUGAACCUCGCAGAAGAGUAUCUUAAAAAUGCCUACCAUUUUAAUCAACAUUGUGAGCUAACAUUAAAUGAAUUGGGGGUGCUUUAUUUCCACAAAAAUAGCUUACUCACGGCUGAAUCGUAUUUAAAUGCAGCAUUGAAAAUUGCCAAUCGUAGUUCAAAAACCUGGGUAUCAAUAAUGACCAACUUAGGUCAUGUAUUAAGAAAGCAAGGAAAAUUGUUGCUGGCACUAUCUAUAUUUCACGAAAUUUAUGGUAACGAUGCCAAUAUUGCUUCCACGAUUGGUCUUAUUCAUAUGAAGCUAGGCGAGUUUGUAGAAGCAAUUGAAAACCUACAUAAUGCUCUUGCUAUCGAACCGACCAAUCAAAUAGCCAAGGAUUUGUUAGAUAGAGCUUUGAAAGAAGCUAUAACAUCUAGCUAG